CAAAAACCCUACUUUUAUUGCUUUAUAUAUUAGAUGUAAGAACGACGACUUUUACUCACUGCAACUUGCAAGAAAAAUCUCUCUUUUGCAAUAUCGAUAAUGUCUGGUGCAAUGGAAACGCAACUUCGCAUGACAACUGCCGAUGUGGAAAUGGAAACCAAGCAUAACAGAGAGAAGAUACUUUUGUGUGAGAAAAGCAUACAAAAGAUAUCUGCAGUUGUCUUCUUGCUCUUCACUCUUUGUUUCACCCUCCUCGUGACCAUGCCAGGAGGGUACUUUGAUGAGCCUGGGAAGACAUCUCCGGUAGAAAAGCCUAUGUGUGCAUCACCUACAACCUCAGAAUGCAGUUCUUCACCGGAUUUGUAUAAAGUCGGAGAGGCUAAAACUACGGAUUCUUUUGAGUUCAAGGUCAUCAUGUAUGGAUCAUCCAACUCUAUUUACAUAUCCAUGUUUGUGCUUGCCAUAUACUUGUCCAUGGGAUCGCAGAAAGAUGUGAAGAAAUGGAAAUUGGCAUUCUAUCUUUGUACUGUCUGUGUUUGCUUGUGCAUGGUUUGCUCUAUUGUUGCGAUUCACUUUAUGAUGAUAACUGUUUUGGGUCAUCAUAAGUUGAUGGUUGCUCAUAUGUCUUGGAUUUUUUUCGUUACCCUUGUCUUUUCUGGUAUUGUGGGGGGACACAUGUGGGAAUUUUGAAGAUUGAAGAGGAUUAAUGGUUGAAGGUGUGGAUUUGUUGAAGUUCGAAGAAGAGGAUUGAAAGUGAAUGGUUAAUUUUCGUCGAUGUUUAAGUAGAAGGCAUUUGUUUGUGGAUUUAGCUUGUUUAAUCUCUUUUUUAUUGUUAAGUAGAAGGCAUAUGGCGUUACCGUUGUAAUCUCUUUUUUAUUUUUAGGAAAAGAUAUCUUGUAUGAUAUUUUCGUUUUAUUAUGCUUAAAAACAUGGUGGUAACAGAAAUGGAUUUCUCAGCUAGCUUUGUUAUGUUGUUGGAAUGCUUUGCUUUUAAUUCGUUCCAGUGCAUUAUUAUUACAUGUAAGAAGCAAGCAUC